AUGGAGGGGUUCCUGACCUCCUUCCCACCCUUCGGUAUCAGUCCGGUCCGUGGGCCCCUGGUUCAGGGCAGCAGCUGGGGGAAGAAGGAGGGCCGGUUCGUGACCCCGCAGGGUCUCGGGUACCUGGAGCUGUGUAAGGCCAUCCUGUCGCAGGUGAGCCCCGCUGUAGCUCCGCCCCUCAGAAAGACCGCCACCAGAGAGUGCGGCGUGCAGGUGAACGCCAAAGUGGACAAAACCGUCCAGUGCACCCUGGGCCCCAAGACACUUUUCUACAAGGAGGACGAAGCCCCGCUUCCCUCAGACACCCCGAGGAGUCCGGACCCGCCCAGCACCCCCCGCUUCCUCAGACCCGUUUCCAUCUACUCCCCUGUUUUUGACCGCAGAACCUUCGUGAAUAAACUCAGCGAGGCCGCAGGCAGAGAACCUCCUGAAGACGCUGACCAGGAGUCUGACGCUGAUCCGGAUCAGAACGACCCCAGGAAGAACACAAAGACCACCUAUCAGGCAUCAAAGGCCUCAAAGCUUCAGUUCCUGGAACAGCGGUAUGGCUUUUUCCACUGUAAAAAGUGCAACAUCCGGUGGGAGAGUGCAUACGUGUGGUGCGUCUCUGGAACCAGUAAGGUGUACUAUAAGCAGCUCUGCCGGAAGUGUCAGAUGGGGUUCAACCCCUACAGAGUGGAGUCCAUCCUCUGCAAGGGAUGUUCUCAGACCUGCUGUAGCUGUGAGAAGAAGCUGAGGCACAUCAACAUGAAGCGGCCCCACCGCCAGGACCUGUGCUGUCGCUGCAAAGGCAUGAGGCUGUCCUGUGACGCCACCUACAGCUUCAAAUACAUCAUCUGACCUCCUUGCACUUCAGAAUACCCUCAACUGUUUGAGUUGUAUCAGUGAACGUCUACCUCACGGCUGAGAGUGAAAUUAUUUUUGUAACUAAAACUUUAUGAAUAAAUGAUGCAUUGAAAAUUAC